CAUGGCGAGGCGCAACGCAGAGUUUAUCGUGAGAUUUUCAACAGCGUACCCGUUCAGGCUUCCAGAGGAUUCCAUGGAAACACAUUGGAAAUUCGUGGACGUAGGGAGAAUGAGAGUGAGAAAAAGAAAAUAGUACUCGUUUAUCAAACUCCUCAGCGUCGUAACGCAGAAUUAAUUUUAAGGCAUUCGACCGCUUAUCCGUUUAAAACGCGAUUUAGUCAGAUUUUAUGCGCCUAUUGUCAUGACGAAUAUAACACAUUAUCAUCUCUCAGAUAUCAUAUGAAAAACGAACACAAAACAUCCGAUUUUAAAAACGUUUUCUAUAGAGCUAAAGAUAACUUAAUAAAAGUGGAUAUAACCAAUUUGACAUGCAAUAUUUGUAAUGAAAACAUACAAGAUAUUGAUACUUUGAUGGGUCAUUUGUCUAGAGAACACAAUAAGCCAGUGAAAUUCAACUCUCGAUUUGGUGUUCUGCCUUACAAACAAAAUGCGUCCAAUCAUUGGGUUUGCGUUUACUGUCAAAGGACUUAUAUAGAAUUUGUUCAAUUCAAACGACACAUAGCUUCACAUUUCAUGAACUUUAGCUGCGAUAAGUGCGGAACGACUUUUAUAUCGGAUCAUGCUCUACGAGAUCACAGGCGACAGGUUAAAUGCUUCAGAACAGCGUAUAAACCUCGCAAUGGUAAAGUGAUGAGGCCAAGAAGUAAUGCAGAGAUCAUAUUGCAAUGUUCAACGGCCUGUCCCUUCAGGACAUGGAAAAGUAACUUUAACUGCGUGUUCUGUAGAGUACAAUCCAAUGAUCCCAGUAUACUUAGAAGCCACGUAGCGACAAGACAUGAAAACUAUGACGUACAGGCAGCGUUCUAUAAAAAACUAGGCAAGGAAUUCCUUAAGAUUGAUAUAACAGAUCUGCAGUGUAAGUUAUGCUUUAUGCCGAUAACUAAUUUUGAAAAUUUGACGUAUCAUUUGAUGAAUGAUCACCAACAGCCUAUAAACUCUGACGCCCAAUUAGGGGUGUUGCCAUUCCGACUUAACGAUGGUUCAGUUUGGAAGUGCACAAUGUGUCCAAAUGUUUUUAAAGAUUUCGUCUCUCUCAAUAAGCACACGUCAGAACAUUUCCAAAACUACGUUUGCGAUACCUGCGGUGAAGGUUUUAUUACUGAAUCCGCGAUGAUUGCACACACUAAAGUUCCUCACGAAAAUAAAUAUAGCUGUAGCCGUUGUGUAGCGACUUUUUGCGCGUUAGAGGAAAGGAACAUUCAUGUUAAAACCCAGCAUACAUCCACUCCCUAUAUGUGUGUGUACUGUAAAGAUAAACCACGCUUCGCCAAUUGGGAACUGCGGAAAAAACACUUGAUGGAAGUUCACAAUUAUAAGACAGGUGCUGAUAAAUACGAAUGUGCAACUUGUCAGAAGUCGUUCAAGACACGUUCUGGAAAAUACAAUCAUAUGGCGAGAACUCACAGGAUAAAGAAGGAUACAGAACUAAACUACUCUUGCCACAGCUGCCCUAAGGCCUUCACCACCCAAUUGUUCUUAGACAAGCAUGUUGCGAAAAAACAUUUUGAUUUACAUUUACCUUGAAUGUGUUUCUUAAUAUACCUUUUUAUAAAAACCGAAGACGAAAUAAAUAUAAAACGAAGAACCUAAAAUUAGUUGACGGGUGUAUAGAAUGAAAUAAUGACAUGGUUCUUUUCUUU